AUGACUACCAACGCUGAGAACGUCCCUCCUGCGUGGCUGGACAAGAAUUUCGCAGAAAACUCACUGAAGGAGUCCAGCACUUUCGAAGACUUCAGCGUCAUAUCGGUGGACGUCCAACGAGCGACAGCUCCGGGUGACAACUACGUGAGCGAAAUCUAUCGCAUGUCAGUGCAACAGCAGCACAAAAUCAAACAUUACAAGAGGUACGUGUCGUUAAUAAUAAAAUGCCUUCCAAGUAGCGAAGUGAUGAAGAAAAUGGCGCAGGAAAUGCAAGCCUUCGAGCAGGAGACUCUCAUGUUCUGCGAAACCAUUCCGGCGAUGUCGCAAAUCCUGGAGAAGGCAGCCCCCGGUAAAUACACGCAGCUGUCAGCAAAGUGUUUCGCCGCUGGGCAGGAGCCAGUGAGCUAUGUAGUUCUCGAGGACUUGAAGGCCAGAGGGUUCGCGCUGGCGAACAGGUCCAAAGGACUAGACCUCGCACACGCCAGACUUGUGGUUAGAAAACUGGCAGAAUUCCACGCGUCUUCUGUUGCUCUUUACGAGCAGAACCCAGCAGCGAUGGACAACUACAAGAUCUUCCGGCUGUUCGAAGGGCCCAUUGCCUGGCGUAUAAGGUCCUUCUUGACACAAGGCUGCAAAUUACUUGCAGAUCAAGUGGAGACGUUAGAGGAAUCGUACUCAAAGUACGCACCCAAACUGCGAACUCUCUCAGAAACCAUAUUUGCACGCCUGGUAGAGAUGGCCAACCGAGAGGGAAAGUUCCGCGUGCUAGCUCACGCUGACACCUGGGUCAACAACAUCAUGUUCCAGUACUCUGGCGGAGUCGUCCAGGACGUGGUUCUACUCGACUUCCAGGUGUCAGCGUACAGUUCGCCUUCGAUCGACUUACAAUAUUUUACUCACACGAGUCUCACGGAACAAGUGUACGCCGACCACUUCACAGACCUUCUAAAGGAGUACCACGACCACUUAAUCGAGGUGAUGCACGAUACUCGUGUCAGUGCAGACAAACAGAUGUCCUUCGAGGAGCUUCUGGAAGACAUGCAGGCGCACGCGCUGUUCGCAGUUUUCGCAUCGGCGGCAGUGCUACCAAUUGUGCGCGUCGACGGGGAAUCCCAAUUUGACGUGGAGGCCUCUAUGAAUGGAACUGUAUCUGAUAAAAACAGGAUAGCCUUUGCGGGUGCGUCGUACAUGAAAGCUAUGAAACAGAUACUCCCAGAAUUUGAAAAGAAAGGCAUAUUAUAA